ACUCGGUCACCGAGGUCGCUGGCAUCGUCGACGUCUCGGCGCGACAGCGAGACCCAAUCCGCAGCCGCUUCGACCGCGCUCGCCGGUCCUCGCAUAGCGCCCGCGCGCCGUCGAGCGACCGAGCGCACGCCGUUCGCGAUGGCGUCCGUCGGUAGCCGCCCGUCGUCGCGCCGGCGAGCGCUCGCCGUCGCGGCGCUGUCCGUGGGCCUGGGCAGCGCCCAGUUCCAGUUCGAGAUCCCCGCGGGCAUGUUCGAGCAGAUGCACGGCAUGGGCGGCGGCGGGCGCAUGGGCGGCGGCGGCGGCGGCCGGCCGCGGGGCCCGAGCGCGCCGCAGGGCGUCCACGACAACUUCGACUGGCUCAAGGCGUCGAGCUGGAACUGGAACAACUGGCGGGACGUGCGCUUCGGCGCCGACGGCCGCUUCGAGGCGCCGACGCCCGACUGCGAGCGCGGCGGCUGCAAGUGGUCCGCGGACGAGACCACCGUCUACAUCCGCUGGGGCGAGGCGGGCCUCCACAAGCUCAAGCCCACGGCCAUGGAGGCGGCGCCGGGCACGAAGCUCAAGGGCAAGCGGGUCCAGGACGGCGAGCGCUGCACGGCGACCUUCCUCUCCAAGGACGAGCGCGACGAGGACCUGGACUUGUACGAGGUCUUGGGCAUCGACGACGAGGUGGACCAGAAGGCCAUCAAGAAGGCCUACCGCAAGCUGAGCCUGAAAUUCCACCCGGACAAGUGCGCCAAGGACAUCGAGUGCGCGAAGAUGAUGAACCGCGUGAACCUGGCCUACGAGGUCCUCGGCGACGAGGACAAGCGCAUCCUCUACGACACGGGCGGUUUGGAGAGCGUCAAGGAGGGCAUCGAGGAGGACGAGGGCGGCGGCGGCGGCAUGGACCCCUUCUCCAUGCUCUUCGGCGGCGGCCAGCAGCGGAAGCGCGGCGGCGGCAAGCGGGGCCAGGACGCGCACGUGGAGCUCGCCGUGAGCCUCGAGGACAUGUACCUGGGCAACGUCGUCGACGCGGCGAUCACGCGGCGCGUCGUCUGCCGCAAGUGCGCGGGCAAGAAGGACGGCAAGUGCGCGGGCUGCGGCCGCUGCCCGAACGAGGUCCGCAUGGUCCAGCGCGAGAUGCGGCCGGGCAUGAUCGUCCAGCAGCAGGAGGAGGUCCAGUCCAAGGAGAAGUGCAAGAACGAGGAGACGGUGCUCAAGGCCCACGUCGAGCAGGGCAUGGACAACGGCGCCGAAUUGACCUUCCCCCGCAUGUCCGAGCAGCUCCCGGGCCAGAUCCCGGGCAACAUCAUCAUGGCCCUCAAGCAGAAGCCCCACGCCAAGUUCACGCGCAAGGGCAACGACCUCCACAUGGACAUGGUCAUCACGCUCAAGGAGGCGCUGUUGGGGUUCUCGCGCAAGUUCGACCACCUCGACGGCCACCCCGUCGUCGUGAGCUCCUCGAAGAUCACCAAGCCCGCGGAGGUGAAGCGCAUGAAGGGCGAGGGCAUGCCCAUCCACAACUUCCCCUCGGAGCACGGCGACCUCUUCGUCAAGUUCCAGUUCAAGAUGCCGAACCAGCUCUCCGAGGAGCAGAAGACGCUCAUCGGCCAGAUCUUCGACCAAUAGAUCCCUGGCGAGCGCCGGCGCGCGCAAUCUUUUAACCUCUGCCAGCUAGCUAAUGGACGACGGUU